AUGUGGCGUUGUUGGAUGCCCUUCAUCUUGGCCUGGGUAUCCAUGGCAACCCCAACGCUCUGCCAAAGUGGGGAUGGUGAUUGGGGUUCAGGCUUUGACAUUUAUUCAACCAUAAUGGCCACCAAUGACACAUCGCAAGCAGCUGGUGAUGAGCCUGCAAGGUUGAAAAACACCCAUGACUGGAUCACAUCAGCAGCAUUUUCACCAUCACCCUCACCUACGCUGCACUAUGAGCCCCAACCGGACAAGUGCUCGGUCCACUUCAGCACUAACACUGCUUCAGCACGGAGGCUUAAGGCCCAGAAAGAGGAGCUGGCUUAUCUGCAGGCCAUCCAGCAUGGAAACAAGGCAGUGAUGGAGAACUUGGUGCAGUUUGUGGAGGCAGAGCUGGGAGAACAGCGUUAUGAAGAUGUGAUCAAGGAAAAUGUCAUCGGCAUCCAUGAGGACCACAAGAGCUGCCACGAGGUGGUAGAGAAAGCUGAAGAAGAUCUAGAGAAGCAGCUGGAGGGAGACGUGUUGGACGCCAUUGCUGGGAUGCAGAAAAUCAGAGAGGAGUCCUUGGCUUUUGAAGACAUGCUUCGUGCUGCAGCAGACAUUGCCAACAGGCUAGAGAGCUCAUCACAGGCCCUGCAGGCCUCAUUCACCAAGCAGCUGAAAGACAUAAUCAAAAUCCAUCACUAAGGAAGUGUUGAAAAGCUUUUAAAACUGUUCAUACAUCAUCCCAUUACUCAUGGAUGUUGUUUGAUAUCCUGCGUGAGACCUAGAAAAAGAGAAAUGAACCUUCCUGCAAUUCUAUUCUUUUUUUCUUUUUUUUUUUUUUUUUUAAUUUACCCAUGUGUUCUUUGCAGCACUGAGAUACAUUACACCAACUGCAAGAAUAAUGAAAGACGAAGCUCUGACAGGAUGGUUGAUAACUUCACAUCAUGUGAAUGAUGACAGAAAAUAGCAAAGAAAUUUUGGGUGAAAAAAUAAAUACGUUUCCCUUUCAAAGAAGUGAUAACCCCGUAACCCAUAAAAUUUUAUUUUCCAUGCAUCAUUUGUGGAAUUCGUGAGGUCAAACAUGGCAACAGUAUGUGGCGCAGCUUUGAGCCAAGUUGAGUGUUUAUGGAUCAAACUAGAUUGGCCUUCAGAGACCAAACAUAAUGACUCCGUUAGUCUUCUCCAGAGGAAGCUAUGGAUCGGCCAUCUGGUUCCAGGGUGAGGAUGGAGGCCAGGAUAGAGUGUUUCAAUGGAGAUUUUGCUUUUGCAACAAAAUAAGAAGCAGACUGCAACAGGGACAGCUUUGUUAUACAGGGAUAUCUGUUGUCUAGAGAAGACUAUGCAAUAACCUGUGGAUGAGGGAUAAGAAAUUGUAUAAUGAUUUGACAGUUCCUGUCAUUGGGAAGAAAAAUGCAGGAACACACCAUCAGAAAACUUGAUACAGCACUUAAAACACAGAAACUCUGACUAUGCACAUUGUUUUAAAAAAAUGCUUGCAAGAUUAUAAGUGUUUGUUGGAUUUAUCAAUUCAAACAUGAGAACAAAGCUUUAGUUUUGUUCCAUUGUUAAUCCUGCCACUACUCAUGGGAGGGAAUGCCUUGAUAUUUGUGAUCAUAAAAUGUGUAAUAAUAUGAAUUUGUACAAUGUAUGAUAUGAAGACUGUAUGAUCCAGUAAACAGCAACAAACAACAAAUUUGCCUUUUUAUUUAUUGUUUUUGAAAACUUGUUUUGAAAAAAUGUUUUCUGUUGCCAUUUGUUGUCAUGCUUGCGCAACUUCUACUCUCACAUUGAUAUUUUGGGAGAAACUAAAACUUCUCAAAGCAUAUUCAGUCACCUAGUCUGCCCUCUAGCUGUUAUCCAUAGAAAAAUCCCACAGACGUUUGGUCAGCUGCAUGUGUCACUCAUCAUUUAAUGUUCAAUUAAACAAAUGAUCAGUCA